AUGCUUUUCAAACAACUCAUCUUCGCCUCCAUGGCUUCCGCAUCUUGCAUGCACGGUCUCGAGAUGUUCAAGCGCGCGGACGUCGCCCAAUGGGGGUUUGGACCUCUAAAUGGUCCCUUCAACUGGGCCUCGCUCGCCCCUGCCAACGCGGUUUGCAAGUCAGGCAAGAACCAGUCACCCAUCAACAUCGACAGCACCAUCGGCGCUGCUCCUUCCAGGCCUGUCCUCGACGUCCGUGAUGGUGCUGUCGAGUUCGAGAACUUGGGCACCACGAUUGAAGUCGUCGUCAACGGCACAACACGUUACAACAACGCCGAUUACCAACUCGUGCAGUUCCACAUGCACACGCCCUCUGAGCAUCACAUCAACUCUGAAUACUACCCUCUCGAGGUCCAUUUCGUGCACCAGCGCGUGUCAGACAACACGCAGCUCGCCGUGAUCGCCUUCAUGUUUGAGCUCUCGACAGGCAAAUCCGACCCCGUCAUCAGCGGCCUCUCGUCGACAGUCCCCAAGAUCGCUACGCCCGGCUCCCACGAGACAAUCGCCAAGGGCCUCGACUUCUCCGGCAUCUACUCAAAGCUCAAGACCAGCCAGAUCUUGACGUACCGUGGCUCGCUUACUACCCCUCCUUGCGCUGAGGGCGUCACUUUCUUGAUUGUCAAGGAUGCACUGCCGAUUAGCGUGCCGGACUUCAAUGCUAUCAAGAAGGUCGUCAAGUUCAACUCUCGCUUCCUCCAAAACAAACUCGGUGAGCCUAACAUGCUCGACAUUGCCGCACGCGCCGGUGUGGCCGCCUAA